AUGGUGAAACGAGUAGGAAACUACAUUCUUGAGUCCAGGCUUGGCGAAGGAAAUUACGGUGUCGUCUACAUCGGAAAACAAGUUGAAAGCAAUCAAGCCAUCGCAGUAAAAGUGAUCCCAGUAAAAAAUCUGAACGAAAAGCUUUAUAAGCAAAUAGAACUCGAAAUAAAAGCUCUUCGGAAAGCUGACAGUCCUUACGUCGUCAAACUCUAUGACGUCCUCAGAACGCAAAACAACAUAUACUUGAUGAUGGAAUAUUGUGGAGGAGGCGAUCUUGAAAAAUAUGUCAAAGACUUUCAAAAGGUUAAAGAACCUCUUGCGAAAAAGUGAAUCAGCCAAAUAAUAGAAGCAUUCAUAAACCUGCAGUGCAACAAUAUCAUGCACAGAGACUUAAAAUUGGCAAAUAUUUUAUUAACUACCAAAUCAGACGAUGCUAGCAUCCGAGUGGCUGAUUUUGGCUUUGCAAAAAUCCUUCAGAACGAUUUAGCGACAACUCAUAAUUAAAAUAUGGCGUCUUCGUCUGGGUAUGGCCUCACGGCCAUACAUACUCGACUCAUAUUUUAAUUAUAUCCGGCAAGGUUUUGCCAUUCCAGACAUGAGCAACAAUGCCAUGGUAAGCAAUUCUGCAGUGCAGAGCCUGGCCCAUGCUCGAUGACCAGAAUGGUUUUUCUCCUCGGGGGAAAGGGAGUCCGGGUUUGGAAAGGGUAGGCCCAGCAGAGUCUACAGGCAACGCCUAGACCAUUCGAGCAACUACCUAGCGUGAAACUGGGCGUUUACGUCCCAGGACUUAGAAUUUCCCUUUUUGCCGAAAGGCGACCAGAAAAUUCCAUUUUUUGGAAUUUCGGAGAGCCAACUCUCGUAAACUCAAGCAGCAGCCGCAGAAGCCCAUAGCCCGCCCACUCAACACUAAGCCACGGGAAACCGUGGGAAGGAGGGAGGUGUAUGUCCUGGUGACUGGUUUAUAUGGCCAGUUUGGACUAUGCCACAAAGCAGGUGAACCCUAAUACUGGGUCCUUGGUGACUGCGUUAGCACUACGGCAGACGCCUGUAAAUAUUAAGUUAAGUUAAGAUUUAGCGACAACUCAGCUUGGAACUCCGAUUUUUAUGGCCCCAGAAAUUUUUAAUGAUGACCAUUAUAGCUAUAAAGCUGAUGUCUGAAGCUUAGGCGUCCUUUCUUAUGAAAUUUUAACUGGAAUUUCUGCUUUUAACUGUAGAAGUAUUGCUCAGCUUCAAAGAAUGCAGAGGGAAGAAGUGAAAUUUCCUGCUAACUGUGAGCUUUCUCAAGAAGUCAAAGAUUUUAUAAAAAUAAUGCUGACUUAUGACCAUGAAAGGAGGCCAUCUUUUCAGCAACUAAAAGAAAUGCCUUAUAUUCAAUCUUUGUACCCGCCGAAAAUUGAAGCACUUUUGCCAAGAUUACCUGCUGCUCCUAUUCAUGAAGAAGAUAAAAAAGAAGAGGACAUAACAAUAGAAGAAUAUGAAAUUUUGAGAGAAAUCAGUGAAGAUGAGUUUGAGCCAGACCAGCUGGAAGCUGAAGAAAAUAAGGUAAAUGAGGAACAAGAUAAACCUGAAGUUAAAAUUGAACCAAAUUAUUGGGAAUUAGCCACCAAAACGAGAGAUUUAGACUGCAUUCUAAAUGAAACUGAAGGAUUUAUUGCUUUACAGAAUCAGUAUAAAGAUACUAAUGAGAGUAUUGCAAAAGAAAUAGAAAAAUAUUGUAAGAAAAGGUAUGAAUCGCUAUUGGAAGAAUCGAAAAAAAUGAUAAGAGUUUAUAAUUUGACUGAUUCAGAUUAUUUUUUUAAUGAAAUUUAUGGGAAAAUUAAUACAAAUUUGAAAGAAAUAAACAAGCAUAGAAUAUCAGGGAGAAAUCCCAAAAAUUCAAGCGCACUUUAUGAAGAGGCAAAAGGAAUAAUGGAUAAUGAGCCAGGCCAUAACCAAGUAAAGCAAGCAUUAUUACUACUUACUGUGGCUUUAGAUUUAGAUCCGAACAAUAAUUUAAUUCAGCAAUGCUAUAAUGAUGCACUGAGUGACUACCAAAAAGCAAGCCUUCAUCCAAUAUCUAAAUAUAAAUAA